UGUCCGUAGCGCGGCUCAGCGGUAUUCAGGUAGUAAAUAACACAAUCGUUGACUGUGCACAUGCGUUCGGGACGAUUUUAAUCUGAUCAGAGGGUCCUUUUUCACAACGGCGCAGGAUGUGAUGGGAAGUGCGAGGGCGGCCGCGCUUGCCACUUCUGUUGCACUUGGGAGAAGUGAGAAGUCAAGAACUUCCAAAUGAACUCUCUCCUCGACCCAUCCCUCACAUCGUACCUAAACCUAUCCCGCCACUGACACAUUUUCGACAAUGGCUGCCCAUAUUACAGAGACAAAGGGCGUCAAAGUCGCUGUGGAGGGCUGUGGCCAUGGCACACUUGAUGCCAUCUACGCCAGCAUUGAUACCGCCUGCAAGGAACGAGGCUGGGAUGGUAUCGACCUCCUCAUAAUUGGUGGCGACUUUCAAGCCAUGCGCAAUGCUGCAGACCUCUCAGUCAUGGCGUGUCCGGUGAAGUACCGAGAGUUGGGCGACUUUCCCAAGUACUAUUCUGGCGAGGCUCGUGCUCCGUAUCUAACUAUAUUCAUCGGCGGUAAUCACGAGGCCAGCGCACAUCUAUGGGAGCUCUUCUACGGCGGCUGGGUGGCGCCCAACAUCUACUACAUGGGCGCUGCCAACGUCUUGCGACUUGGCCCGAUCCGCAUCGCUGGCAUGUCUGGGAUAUGGAAAGUUCACGAUUACCAGAAACCCCACUUUGAGCGACUGCCGUUCAACGAUGAUGAAGUCCGCUCAUUUUACCACGUAAGGGAGAUUGACGUGCGCAAGUUGUUGCAGAUCCGGACGCAGGUCGAUGUCGGCUUGAGCCACGACUGGCCCAGGGCCAUUGAGUCGCACGGGAAUUCCAGGUGGUUGUUCAACAAGAAGCCCUUCUUCAAGCAAGAGUCCAUCGACGGCACUUUGGGGAAUAUGGCUGCGAAAUAUGUCAUGGAUCGGCUGAGGCCGCCGUACUGGUUUUCUGCACACAUGCACAUUGGUUUCCCGGCGCUCAAGAAAUACAACAACAACGAGUCGCAACAAGAGGUCAAGCAGUCCGAUCCAGACAAGGAACAAGCUCCGGAGACACCAGCGGAAGCGGAGGCCAACCCAGAUGAGAUUGACCUUGACAUGGACGACGAAGAUGGCAACGAUGAGCCUAGCGUCAAACCGACAAUCGCUCAAAAUGGUGGGAACACCCAUGACGAGAAGAAACCGACCGAAGAAUCAAGUGAGACACAGGAGAGCGAAGUUCCGGAUCAUCUCAGGGCGCAGCUUCCUGCAUCUUUCGCAAAGCCCACGCCAAAGCCAAGAACAACGCCUGGACAGCCUGUUCCCGAUACCAUCCCCAACCAAGAGGUUCGUUUCAUGGCACUAGACAAGUGUCUUCCAGGGAGACGUUUCCUACAGCUGUGCGACAUUGAGCCGCAUGAUAAGCUCAAUUCGCUGAAGGCUGGGCCUCACACCGAGCAGCCCAGGUAUCGCUUGCAAUACGACCCCGAGUGGCUUGCUAUCACUCGCGUCUUCCACAAAGAUCUGCGCAUUGGCGAUCCAGCAGCACAAACACCAGCAGACCAAGGCGAGGAGCACUACGUUCCCCUCAUCGAAGAAGAACGCAAAUGGGUUGAGGAGAACGUUGUGGCGCAAGGCAAGCUUGACGUGCCGGAGAAUUUUGCGAUUACAGCGCCUCCACAUCAACACGGCCAACCCGAGAUCGUACAGGAGCAACCCGAAGAAUACACCAAUCCGCAGACGGUCGCAUUCUGUAGUUUGUUGGGUUUGGACAACUUGUGGGAUGCCAGCCAGGAGGAGAGGAGCGAGCGGAGGGCGCAAGGCCCAAGGCAAUCGGCGUUCAGAGGUGGCAGAGGGGGACGAGGCGGUGGCCGCGGCGGUGGCAGAGGUGGGAGAGGGAGAGGUGGUAGAGGUAGGUCAGGUGGGCGUGGUCGGAGGUAAUGGCAAUCACAUUUAUCUUUGCUGGCGCUGACGGAUUGGAGUUGUAUUGGAAGUACAUUCUUCAGGUACAGCUCCGAGUUUUGGUGUUGCUGUUGUAGGGUAGUGCGUUCCAUCAAACGGCACCCCCCAGCAACCGGGGUACGACGUAGCUGGCUCGAUUAGGCAAUAGAGUAAACAGUGAUC